AUGAAUCUCCUAGACCCCUUCAUGAAAAUGACAGAAGAACAGGACAAAUCUAUUUCCGACGCCCCCAGCCCCACUAUGUCGGAUGACUCUGCCGGGUCCCCCUGUCCCUCUGGAUCCGGCUCGGACACGGAGAACACCAGACCCCAAGAAAACACCUUCCCCAAGGGGGACCCGGACCUGAAGAAGGAGAACGACGAGGACAAGUUCCCAGUGUGCAUCCGAGAGGCAGUGAGCCAAGUGCUCAAGGGCUACGAUUGGACCCUGGUCCCCAUGCCAGUCCGGGUCAAUGGAUCCAGCAAGAACAAGCCCCAUGUGAAGAGACCCAUGAACGCCUUCAUGGUAUGGGCCCAGGCGGCCCGGAGGAAGCUCGCUGACCAGUAUCCCCAUCUGCACAACGCUGAGCUCAGCAAGACCCUGGGGAAGCUCUGGAGGCUGCUGAACGAGAGUGAGAAGCGUCCUUUCGUGGAGGAGGCUGAGCGGCUGCGGGUGCAGCACAAGAAGGACCAUCCCGACUACAAGUACCAGCCACGGCGGAGAAAGUCGGUGAAGAACGGGCAGUCGGAGCAGGAGGAGGGCUCGGAGCAAACCCACAUCUCCCCCAACGCUAUCUUCAAGGCACUGCAGGCAGACUCCCCACAGUCGUCCUCCAGCAUCAGUGAGGUGCACUCCCCCGGAGAGCACUCGGGGCAAUCGCAGGGUCCCCCCACACCCCCCACCACCCCCAAGACGGACACACAGCCGGGCAAGCAGGACCUGAAGCGGGAGGGACGCCCCCUGCAAGAAGGUGGCCGGCAGCCACCCCACAUUGACUUCCGCGAUGUGGACAUCGGCGAGCUCAGCAGCGAUGUCAUCUCCAACAUCGAGACCUUUGACGUCAACGAGUUCGAUCAGUACCUUCCACCCAACGGCCACCCGGGGGUCCCGGCCACCCACGGGCAGCCCGGCCAGGUCACCUACACCGGCAGCUACGGCAUCAGCAGCACGUCAGGCUCACAAGCCGGGGCUGGCCACGUCUGGAUGUCCAAGCAGCAGCCGCAGCCGCAGCCCCCACCGCAGGCGCAGCCAGCAGCGCAGCACGGGCUGCCGGCACUGAGCGGCGAGCAGGGCCAGGCGCAGCAGAGGACACACAUCAAGACAGAGCAACUCAGCCCCAGCCACUACAGCGAGCAGCAGCAGCACUCCCCGCAGCAGAUCAACUACAGCUCCUUCAACCUCCAGCACUACAGCUCCUCCUACCCCACCAUCACCCGCUCCCAGUACGACUACACCGACCACCAGAACUCCAGCUCCUACUACAGCCACGCUGCCGGCCAGAGCAGUGGCCUCUACUCCACCUUCACCUACAUGAACCCCACGCAGCGCCCCAUGUACACCCCCAUUGCAGACACUUCUGGGGUCCCCUCCAUCCCCCAGACCCACAGUCCACAGCACUGGGAACAGCCCGUCUACACACAGCUCACCAGACCCUAA